AUGCAUGUAUUUCGAUUUUGCAAUAUAUAUAGUUUGAAUCCGACAGUAAUUGCUGAGCAACUCCAUGAGGAUUUUGGUCGUUUUAGUGUUGCGGUUGAUCAAGAGACUGGAUUUCCCGCUAUUGAUAUUUAUCCAUGCCAGCGCAAUCAUCUUGGACGGGGUGAUGCGUGUGUGACUUUUAAAACAGAUAAAGGGGCUCAUGAAGCCGUAGAAGAGCUCAACGCAAAAAAUAUUAAGAACUCGAUGAUCCAGGUGCGGCGAAUGGAUGUGCAUACACAACGCAUUCUGACGGUGCAAUUCAAAUUCGUACGAGAUGCGUGGAGAUGUACUGGAACCCAGUAUCGCGCAGAUGUGAGUAUUUGGAAUACCAAGUGUGAUAUGUGCGGGCGGAAGCGUGUGUAUGGACCGAGCAAUACCAAAAUUGGAGCUGAGUCUUGGUUGUGCUCCCUAUGUUUUACCGCAAACGAAGCAUUCUCUACGAAAUGUCAUGGCUGUAAAGAAAAUAUCGAGCUUGUUAAAAUGAGUCAAAAAUACUGUCAUUAUAUCAAGAGGGAGACAGAAUCUAAAAAAGCGCACGAAGUAAAUCCAAGGAUAUCUGAGGCCAAGCAAUCUAUAAUCACCAAUUCUCUGACAUCGCUUUCUUCUCUAGCUAAGGACUAA